CUCACUCUCAAUCACUUUCACCACUGCAUAUGGAGAAUGAGCUCCACUAUGUUUAAGCUCCCUGCCCUCCUCUCCUUUAAAGGGACCACCUCGUUGUGCCGUUGGGAACACGCAGGGUGCGUGUUGCCACGUGGCGACGGAUGCUCAACACGCAGGGUGCGUGUUGCCCACGUGGCGACGUUUGCUCAACACGCAGGGUGCGUGUUAGGGGGGUCAUCUGGUGCUGCUUCUGCUAUGAUGCACCCCAAAUCCAGAGUGUCUCAAGUGAAGAGAUUGAUAGGGAGGAAAUUUUCGGACCCUGAUGUUCAAAAGGAGCUGAAAAUGCUUGCUGUUGAAACUUCUGAAGGCCCGGAUGUUAGUGUUCUGAUUCACUUGAAAUACUUGAAGGAGAAUCAUAGAUUUACACUGGUUCAGAUUUUAGCAAUGCUUUUUGCUCACUUCAAGAUUAUAGCUGAAAAAUUUGGGGAUCUCUGUUUGGGAUUGUGUUAUAGGGGUUCCUUCAUACUUCUCUGA